CCCCCGCCUCGCUCGAAUUCAUAAUUAAUUAAACUCUUGCCCCAAUUCCAAAAGAAGUCGUAUAUCUAUGUUGAAUCGGCUAAUGACAAGGACACAUUAACGGUAAUCCGUUCAGUUCCGAGUGUGUUCCACUCUGUGAUGUGAAGAAGCAGAGAACCAUGGCGGAGCUGCUAGGGUUUGAAGAUGAGAAUGAGGAGCUGCGUAGAUCGGGACUGAGUGCUCCAGACUUUAGUCCCGAUUCUGUCAUCUUCGCUUCUGAUUCCAAUUCCAGUUUCUUCUCUUCCUCCGCCUCUUGCAGCGCCGAUCGUUGCUCUUUCGCUUCUUCUGAUGUUCUCGAUCACGACUCCGAGCUCUCUCAGAGUUUGGCAGGACAUGAUCAGCGUGAGACUUCUAGUGGUCCAGAUUCAGAUCCAAACAAAUUCUCCACAGUACACAGGCACAGUCGCCUUAGCAGAAAAGUAGAAAAAGGGAAAGUUCAAAAGGGAGAGAGCAAUGCUGAGAUUGAUGACAAGAGCGAGACCGUAGAUUCAGCAAGGAACUCCUUCUCUCAGGCACUCAAAGAAUUUCAAGAACGGAAAUCCAGAUCUGAAGCUUUACUAAGAAAGCCAGACAGGCAAAGACCUGCAUCGCUAGAUCUGAACAAUAACAUAAUCAAUGUCACAAACUCUUCACCACGAUUUGUAGUCAUGAAGAAGAACUCUGCUUUCAACGACAGAACUGGGACAUCUCCAAGCCCUGGAACACCUAAUUAUCAGCAUGUUGUUGUAGGGACUCUUAAAAGUUUGAAUUCAGAACACUUGCUGAUGCAAACAACUGGCAACCGGAGGCAUGUGAGUUCUUGUUUGCCCCUUAACAACACGAAGGCAUUGCCUUCCAAAUGGGAAGAUGCCGAGAGGUGGAUCUUCAGCCCAGUUUCUAGCAAUAGUGCUGUGAGACCUUCAUUUCAGCAGCCGCAAAGGAGGCCCAAGUCAAAGAGUGGUCCUCUUGGGCCUCCAGGGGUUGCAUAUUACUCUUCGUACUCACCAGCAGUCCCCGUGUUUGAAGGAGGGAAAGUUGGAAAUUUAAUGGCUCAGUCUCCAUUUUCAGCUGGAGUAAUUGCAGCAGAUGGUCUGUCAAUUCAUUCUGGUGCCGGCAGUUAUGGAGCUGGAAUAUAUCCUGAACGUGCAGAGCCAUGCAUGGGAAGGUCAGUUAGCGUACAUGGGUGUCCUGAGAUGCUUAGUCAAUCAUCUUUGCGCGGCUCCAAAGAUGAGAAGCUUGAUGGGGUUAAGGAUGCUGGCAUCAAUAUUUCUCAUGCUGUUUCAAGAAAAGAUAUGGCAACCCAGAUGAGCCCACAGGGUAGCCCCAACGCAUCUCCUGGAAGGAGGUCAUCUUUGUCUCCCUCGUCUCCAUUGGUUCUUCCACUUGUGGAGAUGAAAAGUGUCCAGUCCUCUAGAUCAGAAAUCCGUGAUGUGCAAGUUGAUGAACGGGUCACAAUGACUCGGUGGUCCAAGAAACAUAGAGUUCGAUUGCCAGGAAAAGGCUCAGAAAGUGUUGAUGACUGGAAAAAGAAAGCUGUUGAGGCCCGAUCUUUUGCAUGGGAAGUUUCAGGGGCAGCGAAAAGCAUUUCCAAAAUAAAGAGGGAGGAAGCAAAAAUUACUGCAUGGGAGAAUCUCCAGAAAUCAAAAGCUGAGGCAGCAAUAAGGAAACUUGAGAUGAAACUUGAAAAGAGGAGAUCAUCAUCCAUGGAUAAGAUUAUGAGCAAAUUGAGAUCUGCUCAAAAGAAGGCCCAAGAAAUGCGGAGUUCACUCUUAACCCAUCAAUCCCAUCAAAUUACCAGGACAUCUUACAAGGUUAUAUCUCUCCGACGGACCUGCCAGAUGAAUUCCUUGAGUGGCUGUUUCACCUGCCAUGCUUUUUAGUGCCCCUUUCACCUCUGUGUUUGUCCAUUUUGACCGACCGUAACAACCAGAAAGUCCAUCAAAUUUCCCAAGGCACGGUAGGCUUGACAACCGAAUUGGGUGAAGGUGAAUGCUGUACGGUACAAGAAGGCAUGUUAUUUUGACGCUAGAAUUGGCUUUCAGCUCGAUUCUGCAGCUGCAUUGAGUGCUCGAUGACAUAUUUCAGGUGAUAUGUUAGGUCACUGCUGCACUAUUUUUGGAGAUCUAAUCUGUCAAAUUUGACAAUAAUAUCGGUAUGCAUGUAAGUAUGUAGAUCAACCUUUAGGUUGCUAAAGGGUGUCCCCACGAGGCUCCAGGGACACCCCUUUAGGGUUGCCGAAUCAUUAAAAAAUAAAUAAAAAAAGAGCCAAUUUUCUGGCUGUCCCUCUCUUCC